CACACCCUUUGAAACAUAUAACAUCCGACCUUUCUGACAGCUAUGAAGCAUCACAGGACACCAAAGGUGAAACCACAACAGAGAGUCAGGAAAAAGUAGUCUCUACUGAAGAGAAGUGGAAUGAUGAGGACGGAGAAGACCGUGCGGUGGACACACAAACCACAGAUGGAGAUAUCAAGACUGAUACACUGGCGUGGAUGUGGGAAAAUUUCAUUGUAGAUGACUACAGCCCUAAGCCAAAUUAUAAAACGUUAAUUCCGAAGGCAGUUGAGAGCAAACCGAGAGUGACAGUACCGGAGCCAUUUCAGAUGACCUUGAGAGAGGAGGAGAGGCGGCUGAAACCCAGGCAGGCCAGCAUGGUAGUGAGCGUUGAGCCUCAGAAACCUCCACAGUUUAAGGCUAACCCUAUCCCUUUGAAGUCUCGCCUCUGUGUCUACCAGAAAAGUCUCCAGGAGUGCGAGAAACAGCGCGAGAUUCGUCACGACAAACGAAAGAAAUUUCUCCUGGCCCUACAGCGUCCUUUCAGUGCUGGAGACGCAAAGCCAGCAGAAGAGAAAUUCAUUGAGCCAACCACGGAGAAGUCAACGUUCAGACCACUCAUAAACACCAAAGUGCCAGACUCUCCAAAGCUGCAUCACAUGUUUGAGGACCGACUCAAGAACAUCAGGCAGAAAAGGCAACCCACUGUACCUCAGCCAUUUAGUUUCCAAGUUAGUGACCAGGUGACCAGCACCACCAAGAGGCCAUUAAAGAGCAUUAAGUGGCAAGGUGACUCUAAGAAAUCGGUAUCUAUAAAGGCAAAGGCCGGACCACCGAGGCCUACCAAGUCAGCUCUGCUGAGAGAGGAGACCGUGAGGAGGGAAAUGAGAGCGCACUGCGCCGAGUACCAGGUUCAGCUGGCUGAGAUGAUGGAGCGCGUCCAACAAAGGCCUUUGAUGUUGCAGAGCCUCGACAACCCUGCGACACAAGAACAGAACUUCCUGAUGUUGGAAUACUUGGUGAUACAUGACGUUUUGGACUCAAGCUGA